AUGGAAACAGCAACGAGUUCACCGGAGCGAAUGCUGGUGGGUUCUCUUAUCCAGCUCAUCCAAGCAGAGACACGCCUGAUUAUGCUAGGAUGGAAAGCGUCUGACCAAAAUCAGCCGACGCUCCGAACCCAGCCCUUGCCGUGGUCGCCGAGGUCCGCUGCAGACGAGUUUGCGGAGCCGCUGCAGGCAUACUUCGUCCUCGGCUGCGGGGGCGAACUGCGUGCGCCCGCUGCAUGUGGCCGAGUCGUCGGCAUCUACCACAGAGGCUUCGUGCGCUCCGUUCAUGAUAACGACGAGGUGCUCUAUGCGGAUGUGCGGCUCGUCGUUGUCCGUGAAGCCGGAAGCGCCCUCACCCCUGCCCUGGAACGAGCCUGGCUGCGUCUGGAAAACUGGGUUUCGCUCACAAUAAAACAACAGAACGACCUCAACGCAGAUGCGUCAACUGAUGGCUGGCGGCGACGCUCAGAGUAUUUUGAACGGAUAUGCCGAGACUUGACUCACCUUGCGCGAGAGCGAGACCGGCUUUUGAAUCAGACCAGGGAGCGCUUGAACGUUGCGCGUCGAUCACAGAUGCACCUGCGACGCGUCUUCGUCGAGGCCUUCGCUGGACACCUGCUCUGUUUCGAGUCAUCUAGGCCGGAUCAGGGUUUCGAAGGCGCAUCUAGCGAAGCCGGUGCGAGUAAGUGCGAUGCUGCAUCCGCGUCUGAACCGGUGUUUUUUACUGGCCAACCGCUCGUGCUCUUGAACGACGCUCUCCCGAAUGACCUGCCUGCUGAUGGUGAUGAGAAAGAGCAUCAUUCAUGGCGUUGGCUCACGCACGAUCUCUUUGGACGCUUUCGCAUUCCAUUGGGUAGACCGCCGGCGAUCCAGUCGCUGGGCUGGCUCUAUAUUCCUGUGGUCGACGACGUCGGCAACGCGAUUCGCGUUGAGGAGAUUAUUGAGGGGGAUCCACCCACAACUGAUCCGAAAACGAAGCGUUAUUUGCAUACGAAACCCAUUCGUCUCGCACCGGACGUUGAGCGAGAGGUUCAGUUCCGGUUGACAGCAGCGAAACGCUGCUGCACGUGUAUCCGCGAAACCGCGUGUGCCGGAGCGCCUGUGCAGCCGGAUGCGAGCGGUACAGAUGCCAGGUCUGCAAACCGACAUGCCCUGCAUUCCUGUGUAACAUGCAGCGCGUGGGCACUAACCUGGCCCGGUGUCUUCGAAGUGACCAGUGAUAUGCUUCGAGGGUGGUCAAACUGGCAGGUCCACCAGAAUCGUUCCGAUGAGAAUACGUUUACGUUUGCAGUGGACGGCACGGAGCGCGUGUAUCGCGCUUGGUCGCGGCAUGAACGCGAUGUCAUUGUGGCUUGUCUGCGCCACUGGCAAGAGGAGGCUCGCGCUGGUGCCCAUGAUCCGGGAGCCGCGUUGCCCGCAAGUGGAGUGCCCCUCAGCACUGGUUCAAUGUUCCAAGACAAGUGA